AAGCAAUCAUUUAAACAAGCCCAAAAAAAUAAUAGAAAGCGUCAAUAAAGAUGAUCAAUAACAACGAUACAUUCAUUUCAGAUGAAGAAGAAGAAUUAUGUCCAUUAUGUGUGGAGGAAAUGGAUAUAUCUGACAAGAAUUUCAAACCUUGUCCUUGUGGAUAUCAAGUUUGUCAGUUUUGUUAUAAUAACAUUCGUCAAAAUCCAGAAUUAAAUGGAAGAUGUCCAGCUUGUCGUAGACCUUAUGAUGAUGAAUCUGUUGAAUACAAGAUUGUUUCACAAGAAGAAUGGAAAUAUGAACAAAGUAAACAAUCAAGAAAAGAUCGCGAAAGAAAACAAAAGGAAAAAGAAAAGAAGGAGAAUGAACAAGCUAGUAGAAAACAUCUGGCUGGUAUGAGAGUUAUACAAAAAAACUUGGUUUAUGUUGUGGGUCUGAAUCCACCAGUUCCUCCAGAAGAAUUACACACCAUUCUAAGAUCAGAUAAGUAUUUUGGUCAAUACGGUAAGAUUUUGAAAAUUGUUAUCAAUAAAAGAAAUCCCCCACCAAAUGCACCUGCUGCUAUUCAUCAUCACCAUAAUAAUGGGAAUGCUGGAUUCGGAGUCUAUGUUACGUUUUCUAAAAAAGAGGAAGCUACAAGAUGUAUCAAUGCUAUUGAUGGAACUUAUAUUGAUGGCAGACCUUUGAAGGCUGCUUAUGGUACUACAAAGUAUUGUUCUUCAUAUCUGAGAGGUCAACCUUGUCCAAAUCCAAAUUGUAUGUUUUUACAUGAACCUGGUGAAGAAGCUGAUUCUUAUACAAGACAAGAUUUAUCAACAAGACAAGGUUUAAAGAUGGGUGCAGAUCAAGGUUUGCCUUCAUCUUCACAAACUUCUUUACCGUUACAACAACAAGGAUCAUCUUCUAAUAUUUCAAAUGGCGUUGGUUAUAAAUCAAAUUCUUCAUUCACUACAAGACAUUCCAAUAAUUCCCAAUUUUUCAACCACCAUCACCAAAAGGAACAAGAAGACGUGUCAUCUACAUCAUCACAUCAUCAACCAAUUUUGGGAAGUGCACCAUUACCUGCCACUGCAUCAUGGGCUAGCAAUAUCCCUCAAAAGACUUCAAAUGUUUCUUCACCUGUGAUUACUUCAAGUGUAUUGGCAAAUUCUUCAGCAUUCCCAACUUUAGCAGAAUCAACUACUUUACAACAACAACAACAUCAACAACAACAACACCAGGCUAGAAAGCAAAAGAAUCAAAGUGCUAAUAUCAAUGAUGAGUUUAAUUGCGAAUCUUCAGCUAUUUCAUUUAUUGAUGAAACUAUAAACUUGUUGAAUUCAUUCCCAAAAUUCGAGUAUCAAAUCAAAUCUAAUCUCGUUGAUGAAGAAACAUUGAACAGUUUCCCACCUCUUUUUGCAUUUGCUAAUAUUAAAGUUAACAACACUUCAAGUUCAUUCAAUAUCAAACUUGUUGAAUCUUUGAUUUCAAAGCCAAAAGUUUUAUCACCAGAAGAACAACAAGCUAUAUUACAACAACAAAUUCAACCACAACCUAUUUUACAACAACCUCAAGCACAAAUUCCGCAACAAUUAACACCAUCACAACAACCACAACAACUUAAUGAUCUUGCUCAAGUUUACGCUCAACAACAACAACAACAGCAACAAAAUCAACCACAACAGCAAUUUUUCUCACCACAAGCCACUGCAGCAUUAUUACAACAACAAUUCCAAGCUACACCACCACCACCUGGAUUAUUCCAACAAUCCAAUUCAAAUUCAAAUCCUACCCCAGUUUCUGCAAAUGAAUCACAUGUUGGAGGUACUGCCUCUGAAUUAUUAAAUCAUUUGAUGAAUGGUAAAAAAAUCAGUACUUGA